AUGCCUCGGUCAUUCCUCGUGAAGAGUCAGAAGGUCCAUCCGUACGGACAGAUGGAGAUGACAGACCAGAGAAGUGCCUUCCGUGUGGUCAUUCCCAGACAAGCAGACUUUUGCAGUGGGCUCCCCUUCCGCCAGUUUUACCCGGCGUUUUACUCGCCCAUGUGGGCCCUGCCCUCUCCUGCCUCAGCCCUGACUCCACUGCCGGACAGAGAGACCCGGACAGACCAGGAAAAAAAGUCUGGAGAUGACGCGGAACAGUUUGAGGCGUUCCGACCAUGGCAGAGUUCACCCGUUCCCACCAAAUGCCCAACAGACGCAACCAAGGAUUCAGCUACAGUGGAUUCAGCGCGAAUCUUCCCAAAACCAAGCCACAAGUUUACCUACAGCGACCUCUAUCGGUACCACGUCCUCCAAGGCCUUGUCCGGCCAAUGUGUAACGUUCUUCCGUUUGAGCACCAGAGUCAGUUUUGGCCGUUCGGGCUCAGUACUUCCAGCCUUUUGAGCGCACAGAGAGCCCAAGCAGAGUCAAAUUUUUAUCCGGACAAAUUCCACAUUUCCGGAUCGUCGUCGGGAACGACGGACAAACCGGACGCCUCGUACGAGUGCAUCAAAUGUCUGAAGCAGUUCUCGACGCCGCACGGAUUAGAGGUCCACGUGCGACGUUCGCACAGCGGAAAGCGCCCGUUCGCCUGCGACGUCUGCAGCAAAACGUUCGGACACGCUGUGAGCUUGACGCAGCAUCGCGUCGUACACACACAGGAGAAGAGCUUUCAGUGCCAGCAGUGCGGGAAAAGCUUUAAGCGUUCCUCGACCCUCUCCACGCACCUGCUGAUCCACAGCGACACCAGGCCCUACCCCUGUCCGUUCUGCGGCAAGAGAUUUCAUCAGAAGUCAGACAUGAAGAAGCACACCUACAUCCAUACAGGAGAAAAGCCUUACAAGUGUACCCAGUGUGGGAAAGCAUUUAGCCAGUCUUCCAAUCUCAUCACCCAUUGCAGGAAACAUACGGGCUUCAAACCAUUUUCCUGCUCUAAAUGUGGACGGUCCUUCCAGAGAAAAGUCGACUUGCGGCGACAUACCGAGACACAGCACUCUAAAAGUGGGUCGAGCAUCGACGGACCCAACGCUUGCACACAGACCCAAGACUUCCGAUCUGACCCAACUCUUCCCAGGGCUGAUGGCAAAACCUUAAUUUAA